UAAAAACUCACACCCACUUCCCCUUCAACCAUUUCCAUCAAAAUCAUCUCUCUCUUGUGAAAUCUUCAGCCAUGGCAGUAAGCAACAGCAUAACAGCCAUUCUAAACUUCAUAAUCUUCCUAAGUUCCAUCCCCGUCAUCGCCGCCGGAAUCUGGCUAGCUUCAAAGCCCGACAACGAAUGCAUCCAGCUUCUCCGGUGGCCGGUGGUGGUUCUCGGCGGCCUCCUCCUUCUCGUCUCUCUCGUCGGCUUCAUUGGCGCCUACUGUAACCGCCCCGGUCUCUUGGCCGUCUACCUGUUCUUCAUGGCUGUCCUCAUUAUCCUCCUUCUCAUUGUUCUUAUCAUCGCCUUCACUGCCACACGUCAUGACGGCGGCAGCCACCCCGUCGUCGGAACUCGCUUCCAGGAGUAUCGUCUCGACGGCUACUCGUCUUGGCUCCGACGCCACGUCACGAGUUCAGGAAGUUGGCCUAGUGUGAGGACGUGUUUGGCUGUUUCCGAUGUUUGUCGUCAGUUGAAUCGGAAGUUUUCCUCGGCGGAGCAGUUUUUCGCGGCCGAUAUCUCCCCACUUCAGUCAGGCUGCUGUAAGCCGCCGGCAGCGUGCGGGAACAAGUACGAGAACCCGACGACAUGGGCGAACCCGGAGAACCCGACGGCCGACCCGGAUUGCUUGUUGUGGAGCAACGAGAGGACUAGACUCUGCUACGAUUGCGACAGCUGCAAGGCGGGGCUGCUCGAGAAUCUCCGGCAGGAGUGGCGGAAGGCCAACGCCGUCCUCGUCGCGGCGGUGGUGGUUCUGGUUUUCGUUUAUCUUGUUGCGUGCGCCGCUUAUAAGAAUGCGCAAAUCCAGAAUAUCUCUGUUCGGUAUAAACAUGGAUGGAUUUGAGCUUAAACCUGUAUCCAAACACACCUCCUUUCCUUUUCCAUGUUUUAUUUUCAAGUGUUUUUAAUUUUGUGUAUGUUGUUGAUAUAUGUAUAUCAAGACUUGUUUCCUUGUAAUUAUUGGUUUGGUUCCCUAAUUAUAUGAUUAAUCUAUCCUUUCUUUUUU